AUGAAGUCUUUUGUUGCCGCCAUCGCCAUCGCCGCGCUCGCCUCUGAGGCCUCUGCUGCCACCUGUGGAAGCAGCGUCUUGUCCGCUCUACUCACGAACGCCAACAUCCAACAGUGCGGCACGGACUCGGGCUACGCUUUCACGGCCGCUGAGAUCCCGGACCAGGCCACCAUCGACAAGAUGUGCGCCUCGACCGCCUGCAACACCCUGCUCGCUGACGUGCAGGCCAUGAAUUAG